UUUCCUUUAGGAAGUAUUUGUUUGUAAAAGUUCUAACUGUUUUAGGCGGAAGUCAAAUCACUGAAAACAUAAAUCAUUCGCUUCAGUUUUGAUUUCAAAUGUUUUCAAUUGGUCUUCCUGUGUUAUCGGAUUCAGUGAGAGACUAGGCUGAUCCAACAUGGCGGACUCAAGCAAAGUUUACUUUGGCGGAAUCGAGGGCGGUGGAACUCGUUCAACUGCAGUGAUUUUCUCGCAAGAUGGAAAGAUUAUAGGGCGAAGCACGGGACUAGGAACCAAUCACUGGUUGAUUGGAAUGGAGGAGUGUUUAAAGAGAAUAAAUCAGAUGGUAGAAGAGGCAAAAAGAAGUGCAGGAAUAGAUGUGAUGACAAAGCUUUUAUCACUGGGACUUUCUCUGAGUGGCCUAGAGCAGAAAAAACAGCAAGAUGAAGCUGUGGCCACAAUGAAGUCUGUCUAUCCUAACUGUAGUACUAGUUAUCACAUGUGUGUGGACACGCUGGGUGCAAUAUCAACGGCAUCUGACUCAGGUGGUGUUGUCCUUAUUGCCGGUACAGGUUCAAACUGUCAGCUACUGAAUCCUAAUGGAGAGACGUUUCACUGUGGAGGCUGGGGUCAUCUACUGGGAGAUGAGGGUAGUGCAUACUGGAUUGCCCAAAAAGCUAUCAAGACAGUGUUUGAUGCAGACGAUGGCCUAGUGCCUCCACCCUUUGAUAUCACGCAUGUGAAACAAGCAAUGCUUAGCUUUUUUAAGAUUCAAGACAAGUAUGGACUCCUCGCACAUGCAUAUCAACACUUUGACAAAGCUGCAUUUGCUAAAUUCUGUAAAGAAGUUGCCGAUGGUGCCAAGGAUAACAACGAUCCAUUGUGCAAGCACAUUUUUAAGUUAGCUGGUAUUGAUCUUGGGAAGCAUGUAGUAGCAUUAGCACCCAAGAUGGACAAGUCACUUCUAGAAAGGCCAGGAGGUUUCCAGGUAGUGUGUGUUGGAUCAGUGUGGAAAAGCUGGGAACUCCUUAAGGAAGGAUUUGUUCAAGCAAUACGAGAAGCCGAGCCCAAGAUAAUCAAGUCCAUCACUCUGUCUAACUUGACAGAAACUUGCGCUGUUGGUGCGGCAGCUCUUGGGGYGAAGCACACUACAUGUCACUUGCCAAUAGACUAUGACAAGAUGGUCAAUAAUUUUUUCACUUAUCAAUGUUAAAGUAGCAAUUUAGAAAUUUUAAUGUAUGACAUAUAAUAGAGUACUGAAGUGUGACRUCAUCAAAUUAAAAAUUUUGCAAUUCAGUUUUGAAAUGUGCAUAUUUGAAGAGAACACACYGUUGCCUACAUUUCUGCCAACUUUAAGGUUGUUCCGAGCUUCAGAAAUGGAGAUUUUGGGUACUUAAGCUUCAAAAAUUCCCAUACAUUUUMUUUUAUUUUGGAUUGGAUCCAUUCACGUUAGAUCCAGCCUCAAUUAGGAGAAAAUGUAUGGGGAUGUUUUGGUAUUUAAUUAUACAGCUUCUCAUUAAUCCCAUAUAGGUAACUGUCCAAUUAUUUUCUUAACUGGACAGGUCUUGUUGAUAUGGGGUUAAUUAGGCAGC